AUGUUGGUUGAGUAUUCUGGAGAACCAUUGGAAAGGAUUAUCUAUCCUUUUGCUCAUGGUAUCGUCGAUACGAAUACUUGGUCACGGAUCUUUGAUAUUUACGAUCAUAUCCAUUCUAUCGGAUUCUGUCAUAACCACCCUCUCCCUUUGCACGCGGCUAAUGUAUUUUACGACAAGGCAACCGAUCAAUACAGACUUAUAAACCUCUGGCGCGCCUUUAACCUGCUCGAACCAGAUAAGAGGUGGGAUAGGAGAAGCAUGGAGAGGUUAUUGGCCGCGGAAAAGGAUAACAUAGAAUUUUACAAAGACGAGAAUCGGAAACGUAUUAACGGAGAAUGGUAA